GCUUGGUGUAUGUGAAGGACAAGAGAUCAUGGCCUGUUCGGUCGUGCCGCACGCAUGAUGUUUGUCUGUGCCGUCUGGCAGUGAAUGCCUUCAGUCCCGACAUCUUCAUCCAACUUACGCAUUAUAUAUCACACACGAGCUAUCUACGUCACAGACACAACCCCCCCCACUCACUCACUCACUCACUACCCGCCCACGUGUAGCACCUCUAACUCAUCCGCAUGAAAACAGACCGAGCCGCCCAGCACGGCAUAGACCGUCUCGCUGCCCCACUGCCCCGUAUAGCCCGCAGGCAAAUUGUGGCUCCAGAUGUACUGAUGGCAGCUGCGGAUGUCGGUAGUUGGCCGACCACUGCCACGACCAUUGUCACUCAGCCAUAGAAGCCCACCGAUGACCACACUCGCACCAACCCCACCCCACGCACUCCCCUCCCUCCCCGCCACUGUCACCCGCUGGUACGUUCCGUCCAUCUUGGUGGGCUGGGGAAAGUGGCCGGCCAGCGAGAAAUGCCACACAUGACAGCCGUCCUCGUGGCAGCUGGUGGGGUCGUCGGGUAGCUGGAUGCCGGCACUGAUGAAGGCGCCGAAGACGUACCUGUCCUUGCGAACGACGAACACCAGGCCGGUCUUGUCGCCCACACAUCGCAGCAGAUCGUCGUAAGUGGUGCCGUCAUGCGACGCCCUGAUAGACACACACACACAAUGACAGAUCGGAUGGCCAUGUGUGUGUGUGAGUACCUGUAGAUGAGUGUGAGUGAUGUGUGGCCCCCCAGCCACUUGGCGAUGUGCGCCACAUACGACAGGCCGACGGAGCUGCCGCCCCUCGCCCACGCGAACGAAGCCCUGAACGUGUCACCAAGACACAGCGGGACGAAAACCAUGCGGAUGUCUGUGUGCCGCUUAUGUGUCCGUGGGUGUGAGUGUUUACCUGCAGACGGGGCAGAUGUCGCCGGGGUGUCCGUAUCUAAUGCGCUGCACAACACACUGAAGGAGAGAGAGGACACACAGAUGAGUGAGUGAAUGGCUCCACCGCCGUCCAUUGCCACACUCACACACAGAGAUCGUCCUGGAUGCUCACCUCUGCACACACCGAGUGACCUGAAGGGACACAGAGGGCACACCACCACCACACCAGUGCCUUAGCCUGUCCGUCAAAUGAUGUGCUGCUCACCGUCCACUCUCAGUACCUGCCAUGACCAUCACUGUUGUCCUUCCCACAUCGGCAGCUGCACUUGGCCCCCACUGCUGUCGAUGGCGACGCUCCGCCAGGGAGGCCGUACUUGCGGUUGUUGAUGCACGGCCAGUGGAACUGGUGACCUGCACCACACACACACAGAUCAAACAUGCCUUCACUGGAUGGAUGGAUGUGGUGGCUCACUGACUGACCGCAUGGCGUCUUGUUGGCGUCGCCCGUAGCCGACGAUGAGCUACCACCAGCAGCAGCAGCGGCAGAUGAGGAGGCCGCCAUCACCGAACCAACACGCCUGCAGUGACUGAUGAGCCGACAAGACACACACAGAGAGAGAUGCACACAGACAAAGAAGGUCAACGCAUUGAGGUGACUGAAUGGGUCAGUGAGUGAGUGUGUGGCCUCCCUCUCACCUCUGCUAUCUGUCAGCUCAGCGGCCCGCCAUCCCACCACACCAGUCCACAGGGCGGCGGCGGGACGGAUGACUCCACUGACCCGCUAAGCCGCUCUCUCGGCCAAAUGCGCCACACUCUACAACGCACAGCUGUCCACACACAAGGUCGCCACACAACGUCAACUUGUAGGAUCCAGGGUUUAAACCCUACCCUGUCACCCUCUUCAGCUAGCUGCCCCACCCCGGGUCGGUCUGCCAAUUGGCUCUUGUGAG